CGUCGCGCCCCAUCGCGCAGGCCCCAUUGAAAGUAUUUUGAUGCUAGCGCGGUACAACAAAUUCAGACUGAGUUUGACGUUGCAAGGGUGAACUCGUGCAGGAUGAACUACGAACCGAAAGUGGGAGAUCUUGUUUGGGCGAAAAUGAAGGGAUUUUCCCCCUGGCCAGCCCGUGUGGUGAAGCCCGGGCCUAAUUCCAAGAGGCAGAGCAAGAAGGGCAGUCACUGGAUUUACUUUUUCGGCUCGAACAACUAUGCGUGGAUUGAACAGAAUAAUAUUAAGCCCUAUGAGAAGUUUAAGGAGAAGUUCACGAACUUGUGCAAGUCGGCCACGUUCAAGGAGGCUGUUGAUGACAUCGAGGAUUACAUUACGAAGAGAAAUGAGGACGCAAACUACGACGCCGUGUUUGAGAGCUCGCUGAAAACCGAACUGGAACUCGUGCAACAGCAGCAGCAGCAGCAACAGCAGCAGUCUCCAAAGAAACAAAGAAAGAGUGGAACCAAUAAACGUCAAUCUUCGGAUUCGCCGCGCAACACCUCGGCGAAGAAACCCAAAACGUCAUCACCUUCUCUCAAGUACGACGAAAAUGGGACGUCGGAGGAACCGUACGAAGAGGAAAUUUUGAAUUUGCCGCCGAUUUUGAGCAAGCCGGAUUCCCCCAAGAUAGAUUUAAAUAAAGUAUCCGUCGACUUAAAGAAUAAGAAUAUAUCUGCCUCAUCGAUGGCUUUCGGGUUUAUGGGACUUGGCAAUAUGGGAUCUAGCGUUGUCAUGAAUCUAAUCAAUUCUGGACAUAGGGUCAACUUAUGGAACAGGUCGUCGCAAAAAUGCGACGAGAUCAAGGCACAAGCCGACGCCAACCAACUAGGUUUAGUUCAAACGUACCAAACACCCUGCGACGUAGUACAAAAUUCGGACGUAAUAUUUAGCUGUUUAGCGGACCCCCGUUCCGCCAAGGAGGUCGUGAUCGGCAACUGCGGCGUCAUCCACCAGGCCGACGGCUGCAGCGCCCUCGCCGGCAAAGGCUACGUGGAGAUGACGUCCAUCGACCCCGACACCUCCAAGGACAUCUGCAACAUCAUCGAGAGUAAGGGCGGGCGCUACCUCGAGGCGCAGAUGCAGGGCAGCAAGAAGCAGGCCGAGGAGGGUAGUCUGAUAAUUUUGGCGGCCGGCGACAAGUCGCUCUUCGACGACUGCCAGACGUGCUUCAAGGCCAUCGGGAAGACGGCGUUCUACCUGGGAACGGUGGGCUCGGCCACCAAGAUGAACCUGUGCAUUAAUAUGGCGCUGGGGAUAGGGCUGGCCGGGCUGGCCGAGAGCAUGGUGCUGGCGGAGCGGUGCGGGCUGUCGUGCAAGGACUUCCUGGAGAUCUUCAACCUGUCGGAGGGCGCGUCCAACUACCUGUCCAACAAGGGGCAGCUGAUCAACAACCGCAGCUUCUCCAAGGUCGAGCAGGCCCUCGAGUACAUGCAGAAGGACAUCAAACUGUGUCUGGAUAUCUCAAAUGACGUGAAACAGAACUUGCCGGUGGCGGCGGCGUCGAACGAGGCGUACAAGACCGCCCGGCGGUCGGGCUACGACGAGCACGACGUGGCCAUAGUGUUCAUGAAGAUGCGGCAUUAGUUUCGGUACAGAUUGAUUUGGUUACGAUUUUAGUUAACUUUGAUCAUGGUAGUGUUCUUCCACUUAAUUCUUUUAUAUUUCGUGUCUGAUGAAACGAUGUAUUUUAUUUUUAUUGAGGCGGAAUUUCGUGAAAGACAUUACUGUGCCUACGAUAGGUGUAAUUAUCCAGGAGUUCUCAAAGCGCCCCGGAAACUCCACGCCAAACGUCGGCGAGGUUAUGAAUCGCUGGUUUUGUAUAUUUUCGCAUUUGAUUAUAAGUUAUUGCAUUCGUAUGAGUACUUUUUUCGAUUUUUUGUGCGCCGUUUUUGACGUUUGCGGGACGGUUUCGGGGGCCCCUCAAGACAGAGUCUUAUAUAGCGAAUUAUUAAUUGAACAACAAGGCAAAAUAAUGGCAAACUCAUGAGUUUGUAUUAUUGUUUUAUUUAGGUGUUCUGUAAGUUGUCUUUUUUAUUACAUAAUUAAUAGUUUAUCAAUAAAAGUAUAAACAACGUGA